GGGGAAAAAUCCCUUUCAUUUAUACCUCAUAUAUAUAUAUAUAUAUAUGUGUGUGUGUGUGUGUGUAUUCCUACGCUAUCAUCCAAAUAUAUACUGCUGCUACCAACAAUACGAUCCCGAGGAUUGUUCCAGACAGCUGAUGAACCGCCAUUAUUCGAUUAAGAGGUGCUUAGCCUCUUAGCUUGCGUUUCUAUUACUAUCUGGAAUCUAGAGACGGGAGUUCAUUUCUUGCAAGUGAUAAGAGGAGCAUUUUAGGGAUAGGGACAAACAACUAGGGUUUCUGGAUAGUGUAAACUUCAACUUCGGGAAUUAAUUAAUGACAAGACGCAAACCUGGGGAGUGAAGGCUCGGGAUUCAGGUUAACGCAGUGUUUGUGUUGUACAGAGUGGGUGGUGCGUCUUUGGCAUUUGAUUUUCCGUGACAUGGAAAUCGACUCGCCCCCUGAAUCUGCUCCUCUCAGACCCCGUGAUCGAGUGCUACGGAGGCUUCUGUCUUAUGGAGUUCCUGAGGAGUACCUUGAGAAGCUUUAUCCUGGACUAGUUGAUUUUGUCAAGGAUAAGCCCUCCUUGAUUCCAGAGCUAGUAUCUGUUGUCUUACCCCCAGAUGAGGAAGUUGCAGAGGCUUUGCAUGACGCUAAAGAACGAUCUAAAAAGUCCUCGUCAGGCAUAAGCAUGAAAAUCCGUUUUCGUGAGAGCAUGGUUUGGUUGCAAUGGCUGAUGUUUGAGGAUGAACCAGCUGGUGCUCUGAAGAAUCUAGCAAGAAUGAGUGUUGGGCAGCGUGGUGUUUGUGGUGCUGUUUGGGGGCUUAAUGAUAUUGCAUAUAGGUGUAGGACAUGUGAACAUGAUCCGACUUGUGCAAUUUGUGUUCCUUGUUUUCAGAAUGGCAACCACAAGGACCAUGAUUAUUCCAUUAUUUACACAGGUGGUGGUUGCUGUGAUUGCGGAGAUGAGACGGCAUGGAAGAGGGAGGGCUUCUGCUCAAAUCAUAAAGGUGCCAAACAGAUACAACCCCUUCCAAAGAAAUUAGCAAACUCCGUGGGGCCUGUUCUUGAUGCUCUUUUGAUUUGUUGGAAAAAUAAGCUUUUAUGUACUGAAAAUAUUGGUCAGCAAAAACCUAGAUACAGUGAUCGUGUUGCAGAAUGUAAAAAAGUUGCAAAUGAGCUGACAUAUGUGGUUGUAGAAAUGCUUUUGGAGUUUUGCAAGUACAGUGAGAGCUUGCUUAGUUUUGUUUCUAGGAGGGUGAUUGCUUCAGUUGGUUUAUCGGAUAUUCUAGUUAGGGCAGAGAGAUACUUGUAUGAUUCUGUUCUCCAUAAACUCCAUGAAGUGCUUCUGAAAUUGCUAGGAGAACCUAUCUUCAAAUAUGAGUUUGCCAAAGUAUUUCUGAAUUACUAUCCAGUGGCUAUAAAUGAAAUUGUGAAAGAGCACAAUGAUGUUGCACUCAAAAAGUACCCCAUACUGUCUACAUUUUCUGUGCAAAUCUUUACAGUGCCGACUCUAACACCGCGUCUUGUGAGGGAGAUGAAUCUACUCUUUUUGUUGUUGGGAUGCUUAGGUGACAUUUUCAUUUCUUGUGCGGGAGAAGAUGGCCGAUUGCAGGCUACAAAGUGGGGAAGUUUAUAUGAUACUACUAAUCGUGUUAUUGGAGAUAUUCGAUUUGUCAUGAGCCAUGCUGUGGUAUCCAAGUACGCAAUCAAUGAGCAGCGAGAUAUCUCAAAAACUUGGAUGAGACUGUUGGCCUUCGUGCAAGGGAUGAACCCUCUAAAGAGGGAGACUGGCAUUCAUAUAGAAGAAGAGAAUGAAUCUAUGCACUUGCUUUUUGUUUUAGGUCAUUCCAUUGCCAAUAUUCAUUCCCUUUUGGUGGAUGCAGCAUUUUCUAUUGCUAGUAGUGAGGAAACAGAUUAUGAGUUUCUUUACAACACGGAUGAACAAGAUAUGGAUGAUGGAGAGAGUGUAAGACUUGCAAAAGUGGGACGGCUAUCCCAGGAAAGCUCCAUCUCUAGUUCAACAGGCAGAAGUGCUGCAUUUGCAUGUGUUUCAAAGGUUCCUGAAAUUAAUUCUGAUGCUAUUUUCCAAGCCGUGAUUCCUCCAUCUGUCAUAUGGUUAAUACAUGAGUGCUUGAGAGCCAUUGAGAAUUGGCUGGGUGAAGAUGAUGGUACUGCUGGGGCCCUUCCCAAUGUAACCUCUACAGACCCUGGCAGCAUCUCUGGUGGCAAUUUUCUAGUUCUGAAGAGAACAUUAUCAAAGAUUGGAAAGGGGAAGUCUAUUUUUGGUAGACUUUCUGGUUCAAGUGAAGUUCAUGAGAGACAGUGUUCUUUGCCAAUAUCUAGUGGUAUACGAGUGAGCGAAAGUGCAGUGCAGGAAAGCACAAAAAUGGUUGUUGGUGAAACUGAUUCUGUUGCCUGCAGUUCUGCAGGUUUUAUUGAGGGUGCAGUGGAGAGAGAUAAUACUGCAGAAUUACAUGACUUGCAUAUAUUGAGGCUGUCUGAUUGGCCAGAUAUCAGAUAUGAUGUCAGUUCCCAACAUGUAUCUGUUCACAUUCCAUUGCAUCGGUUACUAUCUUUGCUUUUAAAAAAGGCACUAAGAAGGUGUUACGGUCAAUCUGCAGUGCCAUAUAUGACUAGUGCAAGUCCUGCUACCUCAUUAUCAUCAAUCUGUACAGACUUCUUUGGACAUGUCCUAUGGGGCUGCCACCCGUGUGGAUUUUCCGCCUUUAUUAUGGAGCACCCUUUACGUAUUAGGGUAUUUUGUGCUGAGGUCAAUGCUGGAAUGUGGCGGAAGAAUGGAGAUGCUGCUUUAGUAUCUUGUGAGUGGUAUCGUUCAGUCCGUUGGUCUGAACAGGGUUUAGAGCUUGACCUAUUUCUGCUGCAGUGCUGUGCUGCAUUAGCCCCUGCCGAUCUCUAUGUUAGAAGAAUUCUGGAACGCUUUGGGCUUUCCGACUACCUAUUUUUGAGUCUGGAAAGAUCAAGCGAAUAUGAACCAAUUCUCAUACAAGAAAUGCUCACGCUUAUUAUACAAAUUUUACAAGAAAGGCGCUUUUGUGGGUUAACCACAUCUGAAAGUUUGAGGAGAGAAUUGAUUUACAAGUUAGCUAUUGGAGAUGCCACUCGUAGUCACUUGGUCAAAUCUCUGCCACGCGAUCUUUCCAAGUCGGAUCAACUUCAGGAGAUGUUGGAUACAGUUGCUGUAUACUCUAAUCCGUCUGGUUUCAAUCAGGGGACUUAUUCCUUGCGAGCAUCUUAUUGGAAGGAACUGGAUUUAUACCACCCUCGUUGGAACUCAAGAGAUCUGCAAGUUGCAGAAGAAAGAUACUCACGCUUCUGUAAUGUCUCUGCGUUAACCACUCAGCUGCCCAAAUGGACAAAGAUAUAUCCUCCUCUCAAGGGGCUAGCUAGAGUUUCUACUUGUAAAGUGGUCCUUCAAAUCAUUAGGGCAGUGUUAUUCUAUGCUGUUUUUACUGAUAAAUUCACUGAAUCCCGUGCUCCUGAUAGUGCUGUUAUAACUGCUUUGCACUUGCUGUCAUUAGCAUUGGAUAUUUGUUUCCAGCUUAAGAAGUUUAAUGGUCUAGCAUGCCAAGCUGAGGAUUUGAUUCCCAUGCUAGCUUUUGCCGGUGAAGAAAUUGGGGAAGGAUUUGAUUGUGCUGGCAGUAGACAAAGUUUGCUGUCACUUCUAGUUGCAUUGAUGAGGAUCCACAAGAAAGAUAGCCUGCAGCGCUUUUUGGAACCCGGAAACUAUGAUCUUUAUUCAUGGAUUGAGAGUUUAUUAAAGAAGUUCGCCGAGCUUGAUUCUGGGUGCAUGAUGAAUUUGCAAAAACUUGCUCCUGAAGUGGUUAGUCAUUUAUCAGAGCCUUUUUCAGAUCGUGACAUAAAUAUUCAAGGAUCUGUGUCUGAUAGUGAGAAACGCAAAGCCAGAGCAAGGGAGAGACAGGCUGCCAUAUUGGAAAAAAUGAAAGCCGAGCAGUCGAAAUUUUUGUGCAGCAUUGGUUCCAGCAUAGAUGAUUCUUCUGAGUCUGGGCUUGAAGCGAGUAAUACUGAAAUGCAAAGUUCCGAAGAUACCAUUACUGUACAAGAAGUUUGCUCUCUCUGUCACGACCCUAAUUCCAAGGAUCCUGUUUCUUUCUUAAUUCUGCUGCAUAAAUCUAAGCUUUUAAGCUUUGUAGACAGAGGUCCCCCAUCAUGGAACCGGGUUCUUCGGUCCGAUAAAGAAGUCUCUAUCACAAAAAACAAGCCAAGUGAUCUAUCGAGAGAGGACUUUCAUCAAGUUAACUCUAGAGUGGGUUCCUCGUCACAAGCUGAGCAUGCAACUAAUGAAUCUGCAUACAGUGAGCAACACGGGGAGGUAAAUGCUAUCCUUGAAUUUCUCAAGGCUCGAUUCCCAUCACUGAAAAAUAGUCAUGCAGCAAGCACUUCGAAUGAUGGGUGGGGCAAUGCUCUUCAUGAGUUUGUGAUGUUGGAAGAAGACAUGUACCUCUCCAUUCACAAGAAAAUGCAAGACUCUAUGUCAUAUGCAAAUCUCGUGGAGGAUGUUGGUGAAUGCUCUGUUACUGGAGAUGAUGUGAAAUUUGCAACAGAUGGUGCUCAUUCUGUGUUGCUUGGUAAUUAUAUUGACAUUCUCUCUCGAGAGAUGACUAGGAACACAUCAGUGUCUGAUAAUUUUCUCAGUGAUAAAAUGCUAGUAGAAUCUGUACAACUGCCAGUUUUUGAUGGUUUUGGCCCUGCUGAUUGUGAUGGCAUCCAUCUGUCUUCUUGUGGGCAUGCUGUGCAUCAGGGUUGCCUUGAUCGAUAUCUUUCUUCUUUAAGAGAGAGGUACGUCAGAAGAAAUGUUUUCGAAGGUGCUCAUAUUGUUGAUCCAGAGCAGGGAGAGUUUCUUUGCCCUGUGUGCCGACUAUUGGCAAAUUCUGUCUUGCCUGCAACUCCUCAGGAUUUGCAGCAGGCUUGGAAGCAUCCUGUGGCUUCAAAUAUUAAUCCAGCAUCUGCUGCUGGACCUUCAGUUACAUCAAAUGAAGAAAUUCAUUCUCUUCAGCUUAGGCAAGCCUUAUGUCUGUUGCGCUCUGCUGCCGGUGAGACUCAACAGGAUUACAUUCUUAAAGCUUCCCCCCUGCUCAGAAAUGAAAGAACAAGGUCAGAUCUUGAAUCUGUAUCUUGUGUGCUAUCCAGGAUGUAUUUUCCAAAAAAGCAGAACAAAUUCCCUGGAUUUCCUGUGGUGAGCCAGUCAAUAAUCAUGUGGGAUACUCUUAAAUACUCUCUCAUGUCGAUGGAAGUUGCUUCUCGUUGCCAAAGGACUAGUAUGGCCCCAACAUAUGGGCUUGAUUCUUUGUAUGCAGAACUCCAAUCUUCCAGUGGUUUUAUUUUGUCUUUGUUACUAAAAGUUAUACAGAGCACACGAAGUACGAAUUCUCUUCAUGUCCUUCAGAGAUUUCGGGGUAUUCAGCUCUUCGCAGAGUCUAUUUUCCCUGAAAGUUCUAUUGGUUAUCAAAGUGGCACCCAUGUACAAGAAGGUAUAGUUGUCUUUCAAAGAGAGAUGAAUGUUGUAUGUGGUAGACUCUGCUCUCCAAGCUGGAAGUCAUGCUGCAGGGAAAGUGGAUGUUAUACUCAUGCAAUGGCCUGCGGUGCUGGUACUGGCGUAUUCUUGUCAAUCAGGAGGACAACAAUUUUGCUACAAAGAUGUGCACGGCAGUCUCCUUGGCCAUCUCCUUAUUUGGAUGCAUUUGGUGAAGAGGAUAUGGAAAUGCAGAGAGGAAAACCACUCUACUUGAACCAGGAGCGCUAUGCUGCUCUAACUCACAUGGUUGCUCAUGGCCUUGACCGAAAUUCAAAGGUUCUUGCGCAAACUACGAUGGGUUCUUUCUUCAUCAUUUAAUGAUAAAAAUUCAGGAGUUCUGUGAAGGAAUUAAAGACUUCUUGAUUCAACUAAUGUCGAAGGGGAGGGAAAAUUCUGCUCCAGGUGCUAAGGUUGUCAAAUUAUAAUGUUCCUUGUGAUUAUGGGAAGAUGUUGUGGAUCUUGGCCAUAAACGUGGCAUGUAAUGGUUGCAUGACAGCUUCCAGGUGGUUCAGAUUUUCCUCUCUGCAAAGCGGGUUUAGCAAAGUUGUUCUUCCUUGGUUGUACAGUCGUGUAUAUAUCUUGGGAACUUCUGCACUUGGUUCUCCUUGAACUUCUGGACGUGCUGUAGAAGAUGAGCCAAGGGACAGUACUACCUUCAUACUCAGGGUCGAUCUUGUGACUUGUUUCAUCCAUGUAUGGUCUUCUUGUUAUUUUUUUAGAUUUUUUUUUUUUUUUCUAAAGAAAAGGAAAAUCAUUUUCAUGUCAUUUCAACCCUCGUGUAAAGCAUUGAUAUAUUUUCUUCGGCUAUAUGAAAGUGUUGUAUAUCCUUCAAAUAUUUUCUGGUGUCCGCCUUCAAUAUAUAAGCAUGCAGUGUAGAGAGGGAGAGUGGAAGUGGUAUAGAAGGAUGUGUUUAAUUGAGUUUUGUUUUUAAUGAAGGAAAUUUCAAGUGUA